AUGUCAACAGCCGAGCUGGCAUGUGAGGCACAUUUUCUUUUCACCUACCAGCGUAAUGAAACAGGAAGAUUUAUUGUCAAGCUACCAUUCAAGGAGAAUCUUUCCCAGCUGGGUAAUUGUCGUUCCGUGGCCUUGAAGCGAUGUCUCAUGCUGGAGAAACGAUUGAUUCGAAACCCUGAGCUGCAAACCCAGUACGUGAGUUUCAUCCGGGAAUAUGAGUCUUUAGGUCAUUGUCGUGAGGUAGCCGAAUCGGAGGACGAACCAAACCAACAAAUGUAUAACCUCCCGCACCAUGCAGUACUGCGGCCGUCCAGCUCGAGCACUAAAUGUCGUGUCGUGUUCGACGCAAGCGCAAAAUCUUCACCCUUGGAACUUUCCCUUAAUGAUGUACUCCAGAUCGGCCCAGUAGUACAAAACGACUUAUACCACGAUUCGCUACGUUUACGAUUCCGUACGUUUAGAGUUGCCUUCACCGCAGACAUUUCAAAAAUGUACCGCCAGAUACUCGCAGCUCCAUCGGACCGUCGUAUUUUGAGAAUUUUCUGGAGAGAAAAGCCGUCGUUACCUUUGCGUGUUUUGGAAUAG